CUCGCGCGAGCAGAGUUUCCCGUCCCGUGUCAGGAUAACAUCGUUAACAGAGACCACCUGACGGUAAGGCAAUACAGAUGGACGCAGUGGAGAAAACUCUCACUUACAGAGAUGACACCGUGCUGUACGGAAAGCGGCUCCCAACGGACCAGGACAAGUACCCCCCAAAGACCCAACCGGACGAGCCCAAUUAUGUGGAUUUGGUUGACAUGAAAUUGGAUGGCACAAAACCCGUUAAAGGGACUUUUCCCGGGGAAGCCGAUCAGCGUGACUUUAUCCAACGAGAUAUAAGCGCAUUGGCACCGAAUGAUUUCCCCGGCAAGGGUGUCUGUGAUUGCAAAGUGAAUGCAGAGGAUUUCCCGGGAGAAUAUUUCCAGGACAGGUGGUUCGACAUGACGGUCACCGAUGAGGUCGCCGAGGAAGUGCGGUUACUUGGGGGGAACGGUCCGGACACCAACACGGAGCCGGGGGGGACCGCGCUGCUCCGAAAUGAACACGACCCGCGCGCUGGCAGCGAAAGUAUUUGUAGCAGAAGUGAUGACAUGGAAUACACGGACAUGUACUUGAACAGCAAAACGGAGUCGGACCACGACGACGAGAGCGAGGGGCUGUCGGAGCCCCACGAGCCCGAGCAGGUGGAGGACGAGUCCCACUACAUCACCACGCACGAGAUCCAGCUCACCGAGCUAGACCACGACGUGGACUACGACCACCACGGACGAGGGGACUGCGAGGACGACAACCUGGUGUACACGUUCGUGGACUACGCUCUGUUCGAGAGCGACGAGACCCAGGGAGACAGCGGCUGCAUGGGGAUAAAAAACAAGACGAUGCUGAACAUUACGCACGAGUACAAAGGAGCCGCGGCGGACGUGGGGCGGGAGAGCGACUCGGACAACAGCUCGGACGAGAGCGUGUUUAAAAACGAGUGCGUGAACACGCAUCAGGAAAGGUUGAUUCACUUGUCGAUCAAACCCGCGGCCAGGACCACGGAGGACAGCUCGGACAACUUCUCAGCCAAUGGGAACGCGUGCGGGCACGUCCAGCCGGCGCCGUACCGAGGCCGCUUUCUGACAAACAUUAACCCGCGAGGGUGUGAUUUUAUCCCCGCUCCGGGACGACAGCAUCUCGCCACCAAACUGCGGUGGAAAGAUGUCAACUCCAGCGGCGCGUCGAGUUCCAUCAGCGAGCUGGACGACGCCGACAAGGAGGUGCGUAAUUUAACGUCCAAGACGUUCCGCAGCCUGGCCUGUCCUUAUUUUGAUGCUAUCAAUAUGAGCACUUCCAGUGAGUCCUCAAUGUCGGAAUACGGGCUAGGGCUCAACAAGUGGUCUGCUUUUGUCAACUUAAACCACGGUAAUAUCUCACAGCAAACCGAACGCGGGGUCUUUGCGCGCAAGAGUUCCAGCGCCACGAUCGCCCUGAACAACGCCGCUGACAGUAAGACUAAAGAGAGCAACCCGAAGACUCCCCAAACCAAGUUUGACGCGGCUAAAAAAUACGAAGCGCGUUCUAAACAACCUUCUUCGUCCUCCAACAUAACACAAGCAGAACAACCCCAGAGGGGUGACGUUUUCACGUUAACGGAAACGAUUAACUUCCAGGUCGAAGCGGAGUUACCAGAAAGUACGAGACAGUCCAAAUGUUCUAAAGGUGUGCACGGGUCGUCUCGCACCAAAGAGGGCGUGGCGAAGGGAAACACUCAAAAGCGGGCAACGUUUGCUUCGAGUCACUUGAAAAAUGUUAUUUCCAAAAAAAUGCAAUUUGAAAGUGAUCACCAACUAGAAAGGGGCGACUUCGCCUCACGUUCUCCGUGCUCACAAUGCAGAGAACAGGAACACAGUCAGGGGAGAGGGCUGCACAGGCAGUCCUCAGAGUCAGGCUCAGAGUUCACCGUCAACUCUCUCGACGAAAUUGGUUAUGAAGGCAUGAGGCCUCACUCCUGCGAGACCAGAGAAGACGAGAAAAAAACACAUUUCCCAGAGAGGGGGGGCAUUGAGAACCUUGAUCUGUUAGAAACCCACAAAGCUGGGCUCAACCACAGCCAGUGUAGCGCCUUCACGUUACUAAGAGGGGAGGUGGAGGCUCAAAAGGCACCUCAGGGUGCCCAUGACACCGCCCCCGCCACAGCACCUACAGAGAAGGAAGCCCCCGAUGGCAGCGGUGUUGGAAACAAACUGUCCCACCUUUUUGUUCCGAGCUCCCUUCUUCUUUCAAAGGAGAAAGACUCAGAGGAGCGGGACCCCCCAGGGGCCGCAGCGCAGAGCGGCCGAGAGCCCGUUGUGUACCGAAAAGAAGAGGACGAGAGGGUCGCCAAACCGCCCGAGAUAAAGAUACGCUUGAGGGCCGCAAAAGAAAACAAAGGUCACAUGCUCAAUAUUGCUAACCUCCUAACCCCUGAAAUAAGCAACACGGUGAAAACACUGAAGACGGCUGGGUACUCUAGGCUUCAGGUGCUCUCCGCCCCGGACCGCAUGCCUCACUUCACCGUCCGCGACGUCAGGGAGAACAAGUGUAAGUUUCAGGCCCCCAUCUAUCACGUCAGAGACGUGCGCAAGUUGGUGAAAAGUUCCUAUGGAUUUGUUGCCGCCGAUAACGCCGAUAACAGAUGUCCUGCCGCCGCGCCGGCAGCGGCAGCAGAGGGGUCCGACGACACGGGCAAAAGAAACUCAAUCAAACACGUGUCCCCCUCUCCGAUCUUCAUCAAAUGCAACUCGGUGAAAACAAACAGUGACGGCAAACCGGAUCCGGCGACGGCGGAGCCAUCGCCGGCCAAACCGCCGGAGGCCAGCCGGUUCUCCCCCAGAGGGGAGGGUUCCUCCUCACACUGGGCCGCCUACAAGGGGACCCCCGCCGCGGCCAAGCCUCCUCACCUCGACCCGCCGAGACAGGACCGACAGACGGGGGACGGCGGGGAGAGGAAGAACGACCCCAAGGUGCCCAACCAGGCGGCGCUGGAGAAGCUGCAGGCGGCGGUGAAGACCAUGGAGCAGCUCUACGUGUUCGACCGCAACGAGUGGAAGCGCAAGGGCCACGCCCCGCAGCCCGUCAGCAACAGCCACGUCCUGUCCCUCAUCGCCAGCGAGGAGCACGGCGCCGAGGAGGUCGCCGCGGCAACCGGGGGUCGGCGGCCGGGGGAGCCCGACGCGGUCGCGGGCGGCCGGGCGAACCCGUCGAUGAUCAAAGCGGGAAGAGAGAAAGAGAGCAAGGGCAUCGUUUACGUCCCCGUGAACAGAGAUCCCGCCGGGGCGCAACCGCAGCUGAGCAAGACCUACUGUAAGAAGAGCGUGCUCCAUUUGGACCCCGGCAAGAGGCAGAGUCAGGACCUCCCCCCGGGUGCUCUGUCCCAGGCCUCCUGCACCCUCAAAAGCGCCAAGACGCAGGGGGCUCCGCCGUUAGUAAAGAUAGCGGUUCCUAAAGACCGGAGGCAGGUAGAGCUGGUGAGGGCUGCCGACAGCGGUGCCACGGUGACGCCGUCCAACGUAGACCCCGGGAACUACCUGACCAUACCCAGGCAGGGGUACACCAGCGAGAUCAAACUGCUGCCCCCACCGCCCAACGCCGCGGGCGAUUCCCCUGCCGCCCAGCCCCAGACGGGGGGUUCACCCAGCUCCCCGCUGGCCCUGCAGACCACCCAGCCCCACCACGGGGAGUGUUCCUCCGCGUCCAUCUUCCACCACCACCACCACCGUCACCACUCCCCGGCACCGCCAGCCCCAGGGCCGCCUCGGCCCCAUCUGCCUCGCCUCUCUCCCUCCGCCUCCCCCCCGUCCCCCUCCCCCGGCGGCGGCGGCGGCGAGCAGCCCCCCGCCCCGCAGACCCAGCGCAAGAUGCUGCUGGACCUGACCACGGGCUUCUACUACCUGGUGGACACGCCCCUGCAGCCCGCCACCAAGCGGCUGUUCGACCCGGAGACGGGCCGCUACGUGGACGUGCCCAUGUCCCACACCCCCGUCACACCCAUCCCCCUGUCACCGCUGACGCUCAGCCCCGGGGUCUACACCCCCACCUACAUGAUGUACCCGGGGCCCGUCCCCCCCUCGCCCGUCCACGCCGACACCCCCGGCCUCCCGGAGGCGGGCCACGCCGGCGGCCCGUCGAUCCCGCCCACGCCGUCCUCGUCAUCGCCGUCCCGCCUGAAGCCCGGCCGGCAGCAGGAAGCGGGGGGAUCUGAGAGUCCGUAUUACAGCGCCACCGGGGAGGCCACAGGCGAGCGCGUGCCCCCCCCCGCGCACGUUAACGUGCCCAACCCCAGUCGCACGCACCUGCCCACGCUUCGACUUCCCGGGCCGGCGUCGGCGACGGCGGGACGUGGCGGCGGCCGGGGCGGCGCCCAGAGGAAGCCAGUUAUCAGCAUCACAGGUCAACAACAACAACAGGGCCCCAGAAUCAUCGCCCCGCCCUCCUUCGACGGGACCACCAUGAGCUUCGUGGUGGAGCACCGGUGAGGCUGCCAGGGAGCACAUUUUCGGACGUCUCCUCUGAAAAAAAGAAAAGACUAUUCAUUUGGCGUCCAUUCAACCAACCGCCAAUCAGAACGCCAACCUCCAAGUCAUGUUAUCAGACCGCCCCCCCCCUCCCCCUCUCAUCAACCAUACCGCCUCUUCAACCUCUAACGUCCCCAUGCUCUGUGUCCCCCCCCACUGCAUUCUGUAGGGUAAGGUUAUAAUAGGCCACCCCCUCUCUGUGUGUCCUGCUAUAUAGAAGCUGCUUGGUCGAGUUUUCUACUCAGCUGUUCGUCUCUCACCUAGCCGUACAAACACACACACACACACGCACACACACACACACACACACACACACACACACACACACACACACACACACACACACACACACACACACACACACACACACACACACACACACACACACACACACACACACACACACACAGACACUGUUGGGUCACCGUGCGAUGUCAGUUCAAAAGGAAACAAAGGGACCACUUGUCUGCAUUGCACAAUUAUUUUGUAUUUUGUACAUUUCAAGAACAGAAAGAUGAGCGUGCCGAACCGACGUCGCUGUGUGUCCUGUAUUAAACCGGCGUGACGUCCUUCCUCCAAUUACCUUUAUGUUGGCCAUCAAGGGCCGAAGCACGUUCCUACUUUCUACUUGAAGUACACGCACACCCCUUGGUAUUCUGUGUCAUGAAAAAAAGCUGCUAAUACCUGCACCACUGGACGUGAUGAACAUGUGAUGUCGGACGCACCGUCCCCCUGACGCCCACAACUGUUAUUGUUGUUAUGGCGAUGAGAGAAGAAGAAGAAGAAGACAGCGAAGGAUCGCACUCAGGCGUGUUGCCGUGGCCACACAGAGCUGGGACUCUUGCUGAGAGACGUUCUCAUAUGCGUGUAUGUAUCUAUAUAGAUCUAUAUGUAUCUAUAUAUGUAUAUCAGUAAGGCUCAACGUGUUUUGAGCCGGCCUGCGGUAAAGACAUGGAGGGUGACGGCCUCCUCUAUUGGCGUGCUGCAGUGCUUGAUCCCGUGCCCACGGGGGGGCACUGGGACGGAGCGGCCGCGAGGUGUGCCGUCUGUGUGAAUGUGUGAAGGUGUUUGUCGUUGGAAGAGUUAUGCAUGGCAUUCUGGCACGUACACAUGCAAACACACAGGGGAGUCGCGUUACCCCGCUGGAGAAAGGAGCCACGCAGUAUCAAACGCAAGGAGAGAUGGGUGUAUCAGGGUGUGUGUGUGUCUGUGUGUGUGUGUGUGUGUGUGUGUGUGUGUGUGUGUGUGUGUGUGUGUGUGUGUGUGUGUGCGUGUGUGUGUGUGUGUGCGUGUGUGUGUGUGUGUGUCUCUCUAAAUGUACAAUGUGUGAACAUGCGUUAGGUCAUUGAACCUUUUAAUCUUUGCGAUCUAUCCAUUGACAAUCGUAUUGUCUGUAGGUUUCAAGCAAGUCGAAGCACGCUAAAAAUUAUCAACUGUUAUCAAUUCUGAUGCCGUUUUGUAAAUAAACGACUUGUGUAGAAGCAUAUUAUGUCAGUGAUUUGACUUGUUUCCUUUUAAAGUGAUUACUCGCAAUAGUGCAAUAACAGAUCCCUGUGUCGUUUAUAGUUUGAUUCUGUUUUAUUGAUUAACUAUCAGUCCGUUAUGUUCAUUCAGAUUGCUCUAAGGUUAGCGUGCUUAACAUAAACCAUGAUAGGUAUUUGGAUCUGCUGGUCAAUCCAUCUACCUUAAUUCUUCAAAUUGUUAUUUUGCCAUAACGUACUCGCAGAGAUGAUAUUAAAUAUUUGUUAUGGUGCAGUUAUUCGGACAUGGCCAGUCCUAUAUUUGACUCCUCGAUCCAUAAUAUAUAUCAAUAAAUUGUAAUUUAAAAUUGGACGUAUGAUUAUAUUCCUUGACUAAUACAAUAAUUUAAAUUUACGUCCAUAUUAAACUGUACUCGUCCCAUUGCCAUUGAAGAGCAGUGCAAAUUAUUUUGUGUAUUUAAAACAUGAGAGAAAAAAUGAUGAUAGUAAAACAAAAGAAUGACUAAAGCAUCCUCAGACGUGAAAUCUGAACCCAAAAAAGAUUAGUGUAGAGUCAAAAUAUACACUAGUAUAUCUCAUAUUAUACUAGUUUCAUUUAAUUAUUUAUUAUAUGUAAUUCCAUUGUGCAAACCUCACUUUAAGCUGCAUAGUGAAUGUCUUUCCUUUAAGAUGAAAAAAGGAUCCUAAAUGUAUUAUUUUUGUUUCUUUAUAGACACUUUAUAGACAGAUGUAAAUUAUAUUUACAUCUAGUAUUUUGUCACCAGCAAAUACAAACUAAUUAAAAAUAAUCACAGCAAAAACAUAGCAGUAUCACAUUAUGGACCUUUGUUGUUCAGCUGAGACCGAAAUAUUCAUACCGUAUUACUUUCCCACAAAACAUGCCAAACACUGGUAUAUUCUUUGAACCUAUGUUCUUUUGACCAUACUCAAGAGGACAAUAUCAAAACCAAAAAAUUAAAAAGAUCUGCUUGUUUUUGAUACAAUUUGAAAAGAAAACUGAAAGUAGUUGAAUGUGAGAUGGCCUGAGCAUGGUUUAUGCAGAUGAUACAUGAAUGUGGAUUGCUUCCCCAAAGAGAGAGAACGAGAGAGACUUGUGAAGACAGAUAGACUAAAGGAAGUUUUUGUAUGUGUACAAGAAAGUGAUAUUUGGCAUACUGUAGGCCUGACAAGCCAACAGCUGUUUGAAAUAAAAUCUAAAUGCAGGCCAACUGAAUGUUCUGUGUCCAUUUGUGUUGAGGCAAUCAUCAAAUGCCUUAAUUCAGCUAUGUAUGCCUACCUAUUCAAUGAUCUUCAAAGCAGAUACAGAUACAGUCAGUGGUCUAAGGUUGAAUGGCCUUAAAGAAAAGAAAAUUAUGUAAUACUUGAAAAGUAAAUAUAUAUCAAAAUCUAAAUAUAUAUAAAUAUAUAUCAAUAUCAAAACCCUUCAAGGUUUUAUAGGCACCAAUUCAUCAUGCAUUUAUAUUAAAAUGAAUACACAAAGUAAUCCUUUAUGCAUACUAAAUGCCUAAAGAGUAUAACUUAAAGACGACAUGGUUGAAUUUAACCUUCAAAUGUGUCAUGCAUGUUCUCCCACAAAGUUUACCGUUGGAAGAUAUAUCACAACCAAUAACCGAGAGUUCAAUGGUGAUCAAAUAGAUUUACGACAAGAGGCUUGCAGAGAGCCUCGGCAUCCACAAGGCUGCAAGCUUAGCUUUCUGGUGUCACAGAGACCGCCAGCCAGCCCCAGGGACCUAAGUUUAUCCCCGACAGUUUGCUGGUUUGUUUACGCCGUUGCUAUGGUCACGGCAAGACUGGCAGACACUGGUUUGCCCCCAGCUGCUCUCGGUGGUUUCUGAAGAAUCUACAUUAGGACCCAGUUGUUGCGCUCGAAUGCCAAAGGGCGGCUCUGAUGUCACAACUGGGACGAGAACAGAUUUGAUUGAUUGGCUAACCUGCUGUGACAAUUCAGCUAUGGGCUCCUGGUCUUUAUUUAUAUCCAAUGAAUUUAAACUGAAUAUUAUAAUAGUACCAAAAUAAAGGAUAACUUAAGAAGAGAUCAUGCAACGGUGAACUUCCACUUCAAUUAAAGCAUAAAUAUGUAUAGGGUAUUACAUUCCAAUUAAUUUAAUUGUAUUUAACUAAAUGGAAGAUUACAGUUUAGUUGUUAGUUAAUCUAUCCUUUAUUAUAUUGAGUAUAUAUUACACAGUGUGUGUGUGUGUGUGUGUGUGUGUGUGUGUGUGUGUGUGUGUUUGGUAUACAUACACAAACAAUAUAUAAUAACUGGUAAUAAAUGCAUGUAAAUCUGACCAUCUGAAUUAUGAUUUUUUUGUCAAAACAAAGGUUUUAUAUUUUUUGGUAGACUUUUAUUGCCAGCCAUUUACAAAUCUAACAAACCAAUCUCAAGACAAAGAGUUCAAGAAAUAGUUGCAAUAUGUCUUCAAUUUAAUAUAUUUAUCACAUAUUAGACAUAUUUAAGUGUUGAUAGAUGAUCAUCCAUUACAAUAGCUGUUGAUUUUUUAAUUCUACCAAUUACUGUGCCACCAUUACGAUUAGUUAGUCCUUCAAACAUUACACACAAUUAUUUAGGCAGAUUCUUUGAUUUUUUUGUCGUAUGAAGAAGGAUGUCGACGCGGUUUUCAACAAGCCAACAUGGGAUAUUUACAUAGCAGGGGGGGAAUUACAGUAGCACUAUUCACAGUAUGGGGGUACCAAAUAAAAUACACACGCUCACACAUAAACAACCAGCCAUUAUAAAUAGAUGUUCAAAGGGAGCCGUAAAAGAAAAUGCAAAAAUUCCAGAUUUCAAAGCAUAACUCCUUGACCCCGCCUUUAAUAAAAUGCUUUCCGUUUUGUUCCCACUGUGGGGCUGCCGGCUCCGCUGUAAACGACCGCAGGUGACCAGGUAAACAUAUCGGCAUAGGGAAUCUAAUCUAAUGCAAACCAAUCGACUAGUGGUGUUUGGGCUGGCUUAAGUCAAAUUAAGAAAAAAAUAACUUGAAAUAAGGAAUGUAAACAUUGCAUUUUCAGAACACACACACACACACACACACACACACACACACACACACACACACACACACACACACACACACACACACACACACACACACACACACACACACACACACACACACACACACAGUGUGUCCCUGAUCAUCGAUGAAUCUUCAUGCGAAAA